GGAGGAUCUUCUUCAUUCACACACGCACACUGAGAACAGUGCCGUGUAACAUCUGCUUCAGACCGGAUCGGAUCGGAUAUUACCUGUUUUCAUUCAUGAGGUCCCCGGGUGAGAUAUUAAAGAUAUGGAGUCAACAGAGAGUCUAGUGUCACCAACAUCCAAUCAGAUGUCAAUCAGAUCUGCAACAAACCACAAAGACCCCGCACCAGCCAACCGCAGCAUGAGCGGGCAUUUGUUGGGAAUGGUUGGCAGUCAAAGUUUGGGAAUGCCUUCAGUUUCCAGUGUCUUUCCCUUGAUCCAUCAGCCAGGCUUCAGUCUUCACUCCUUUGCUCCAGGCCGCUCUGAGUUUGGUGGUCUGGGAACUCUGGGAAUGUCUGCCGCUCUGGCUGCCCGCUCUCAGCUUGGCACUCUGCCAGAUUGGUGGCAUUCUAUAGACAUUAACGGUCAGGGGUCAGCGGUGUUCUUCCCUCAUCUUUUGGGUCUGCCGGCGUUAUUCAACACCUCGUCACUGAGUCGAGACCAAACAUUUCUCCAGUCCCGAGCUGCCAGUAAGAGCGGCCAUGCUUCUGCUAAAGCAGGGCUGAACGGUUCCGUCAAUGGAAAAGAAAACUCGAGCUCCGUCUCUUCCACAGCCUCUCCAGCGCUCACCCCUUCAGAUCCAACCAAGAGCCCAAAAUCCAGCCAAAAACCAGCCCAAAACCAGCGGCAAGAGAAAUCUAGGCACAGAACAAAAGACGAGAAAUUUUGUAGGAAAGGGUCAGAUGUGUCAAUCAACAGUGACAGCCAAUCAGCAUCCAGCUCUGAUUGUUCUAGUGAUGCUCUCAGCAGCAGUGACUCGGAUGACCUGGAGGCAGAUGACGACGAUGAUGAUGACGAUCAAAGUGAUGAUAGUGUGGAGUCUGACUGUGGAAAAGAGGCGAACAAGAACAGAAAGGGUGAAAUGCAGACAGACAAGAAGGAUCAUCGCACUGUAGGGCAGAAUACACGGGACAUCCGGAGUUCUCUCUCGUCCCAGCCCCCAAUGCUUCACAUGACCCCCCUGCCCUUCCAGUCCUUUAGACCCUCAGAGGAGCCCAGGAAACACACCAGCGUCGUCCAGAACACCGGUCUCGCAGUCAGCACAAAACCACUGGAACUAGUCAUCAAGUCGCGCAGGGAUCGAGAGGCAGCGCCUCCUAAACCCUUGUCCUUAUCCUCUCCUAAAACUCUCUCGCACUCAAACUCUCUGAAACCAGUUUCCCUCAUCCCGCUGCAGAAGCCUAUAUCUCUGUCUUCAUCAUCCUCACUCUCACCAUCCUCAAAACCCCCUCCUUUGCAGUUGGACAACCUAAAAAUGGGCAGGAAUUACCUUAACGGGACUCUCCUGAGCAUGAACAACCUCUGCAUACUCAAACAGCCAUUUCUACCUCAGGAGUCAUUCAAAGAGGCAUCUUUUCAGCUGAAAGGUGCACAAGAUUCCGGUAAAUCAUCUACCUACACCAGUCAGCAUUCCAAUCUCUUCCUCUCUUCCCAUCCGACCGGGAACCACCAGCUCAAUGCCGUUCAUGAUGCUCCUCUGGCCUUGAUUAGUAAACCUCGCUCCCAGAGCGCUCGCACCCCUGAUAGACCCCUGCUCGCCACCACCAACACCCCCAUCGACCUCACGACCACAGCGGGCAGGGCGCCCUCACCAGCACCCAUGGAGAUGGGAACAUCUACCUCACCUGGUCUGAUUCUGAAAGCAGGACAAGGAAAGGGCUGUAAAACAGGGCAGUGGGGCGUGAAGAAAGAGAGGCAGUCUUUGGUGGAGCUCUUCAGGGGGGCGGAGUCUGACCUGCCCAACAUUAAAGACUCUGAUGACUCAUUAAUGGAGGACGAAGAUGAAAAUGAUGUUUCAAGUCUCUCAGAUUCUGACAGUCUUUUAGAUGACGAUUCUGAUGAUGAUGAUGACACGGACACAGAAACUGAGCGAACGGCACUCAAACUCUCCAAAUCCUCUGUACUAGACUCAUCCCACAGCCAGAGCACUAGUUCCACCCCUCUCAAACUACAGCUUCAUAAGACCCUUGUCAUGGCCACGCCCCCGAUUGUGACCAACACUGAGGGACCAGCCAAUGGCAGCCCACCAGCCUCAUCUUCCAGUGUGGCCACGCCCCCAGGUAAAAGAAGAAGAGUCACGGAUGAGCGUGCGCUACGGAAACCUCUGGAAUACGGAUGGCAGAGAGAGACAUGCAUCACAAACACGUGUGGACGUUUGUGGGGAGAGGUGGCAUACUUUGCUCCAUGUGGCAGGAAGCUCAAACAGUAUCCUGACAUCAUCAAGUAUUUGACCAGAAACGGAGUCCGAGACAUCACACGGGAUCAUUUUAGCUUCAGUGCAAAAAUAAAGGUUGGCGACUUUUAUGAAGCCAGGGAUGGACCAGAGGGGCUGCAGUGGUGCUUACUGAAAGAGGAGGAGGUCAUUCCUCGUAUCCUAGCAUUGGAGGGUCGGCGAGGUCGUCCCAAGACUCUUGAGCAAUUCGGGGAUCAUGCUGUGGACCUCUCUCAGUCUGGCAAGAAAAGCAGAGCACCGGAUGAGAGUGAAGCUGAUGUGUUCAACACUUCCGAGGCCAAACUACUGCGCAAGUUUGAAGCCCAGGAAAUCUCACGGCAGGCGGCACAGAUAAAGCUGAUGCGUAAACUGGAGAAACAGGCGCUGGCACGAGUGGCCAAAGAGGCCAGGAGACAGCAAGCCAUCAAAGCGGCAGAAGAGAGGCAGAAGCGGAAGGAACAAAUGAAGAUUCUCAAACAGCAGGAAAAGGUCAUGAGAAUCCAGCAGGUCCGUAUGGAGAGGGAACUCCGAGCUCAGCAGAUACUGGAGGCGAAAAGGAAAAAGAAGGAAGAGUCUGCCAAUGCAAAAAUACUGGAAGCUGAAAAACGAAUUAAGGAGAAGGAGCUGCGCCGACAGCAGGCUUUUAUUCUCAAGCAUCAGGAGUUGGACAGACAUAGACUAGAUAUGGUAUGGGAACGUGAGCGGCGUCGACAGCAUGUGAUGUUGAUGAAGGCGAUGGAGGCCAGGAAGAAAGCUGAGGAGAAAGAGCGGAUGAAACAGGAGAAACGAGAUGAGAAAAGAUUAAAUAAGGAACGUAAACUGGAGCUCAGGCGGUUGGAACUACAGAUGGCCAAAGAGCUGAACCAACCUAAUGAAGACAUGUGUCUGACAGAUCACAAGUCUCUUCCAGCCUUGUCACGGAUACCAGGUCUGGUUUUGCCGGGAGCGUGUUUCUCAGACUGUCUGAUGGUUAUACAAUUCCUGCGCUGUUUUGGGAAGGUUCUGGGUUUAGAUGCGAGCGCUGAUGUGCCGUCGCUCGCUGUGAUGCAGGCAGGGCUGCUGAAUGUGGAUGACAGCAUGAGGUUUAUUCAAGAUCUGCUGGUGCGACUGCUGUCUGCUGCUGUAUGUGACCCGGGACUCCCACCAGGACACAAGGCUCUUGAAGGUCAUUUGACUAAUAUCGGCCUGAAUCCGGACAACGUUUCAGAGGUGCUACAGAUUUACAUGGAAGCUCACUGUGGACAGACGGAGUUAGCGUCGCUGUCUGAGAGCCUGAAGACCAAAGCGUUCCAGGCGCAUACGCCCUCACAGAAAGCCUCCAUUCUGGCCUUCCUGGUUAAUGAGCUGUCCUGCAGUAAAAGCGUUGUCAAUGAGAUCGACAAAAACAUUGACAAUAUGACCAACCUGCGACGAGACAAAUGGGUGAUUGAGGGAAAACUACGAAAGUUAAGGAGCGUUUACUCAAAGAGGAUGGGGAAGAGAGAGAGCAGUGUCGGGGAGGAGGGUCAGACCCUCGGCAAACGCAAACGCAAGCGUAAAGCAGGCGAGAGUGAAGAUGACGACGAGGAAGAUGAUGACAGUGAUGAGCAGGUAGAUGAAGAGUACGAGGAAGAGGUUUACAGACUGAAGAAAGGGAAGAAAGCCGAGGCUUGUGAGGAAGAGGAUGAAGGUGAUCAAAACACAAGCAUUGUGGAGCUGGAAAGACAGAUUGAGAAGCUUAGCAAGCAACAGAUUCAGAUGCGUCGCAAGCUGUUCGAGGCCUCUCACUCCUUGCGCUCGGUAAUGUUCGGUCAGGACCGGUAUAAAAGACGUUAUUGGGUGCUGCCCCAGUGUGGGGGUGUCUUUGUGGAAGGACGUAAGAGUGGAGAGGGUCCAGAGGAGUGGCAGAGAGAGAGGAAGAGACUGAAGGACUCUCGGUUCGUCCAGGUGAAAGAGGAGCCAGUAGAGGAACCUGAUGAAAAAUCUUCAAAACCUGAGAUGAAACGUGAACCUACCUCGCCGAAACCUCCAGAGGAUGUAGAUUCUCUCAACUAUUUCCUGCAGAAACCUGGAUCCUUCUCAAAGCUCAGCAAGAUCAUAAAGGUAGCCCAGAUGUCACCCGAGUCCUCAAGUGUCUUACAGAGCCAAAACAGCAGUCCAAACCAGCACAAUACAUUACCCAGCAGCCCCUCUGUAGUGCCCCGCCUGGACGAGUCUUGUCUCCGCUUCCCCGCCGACCUCAGUAACGCACAACAUCUUAAUAACGACCAGCUUUAUAAGGUUCUGACUGAGAGGAACACACAUUGGUUCAGCCUGUUGCCUCGGUCUCCAUGUGAUGGGGCAUCUUUGACUGAAGGUCAGCGUUCAGCAUCAUCGUUGUCUUCACACCAUAUUGCAAAUGGCACGGGCCCCUAUAGCACAGCGGGCAUCAAUAACGUGUCGUUAGGAGGACUGCAGAUGAUGUCUGGUGUGCCCCUGGUGGAUGUGCCAGGCUGUGCUUGGUCCAAUGGAAACAUGACUCCAAACAUGGCCUUUCCUGGGGUUGUCAUGGCUCCGAUUGUCAAUAGAGUUUACCUGCCCACAGAGGGCAUUGGAAACAUUAACCCUCACUUGCCCAAAAGUGUGACCACCAGUAAGAGAGACUCCCCGGGAUCUCCAGUUGAGAAAGCCCUCUUCACACCCUCACCUGUGAUUGAGGUGGCUAAAAAUCAGGAUUACCCUUCAGCCGAACCUAUUCCUGAAGAGCUGUCAACUGGCUGGUGGAAGGUGACAGACAUUGAAGUGUUGCGUUCCAUAGAGAAGGCGUGUCAUUCCCGCGGGAUCCGAGAGCGAGUCCUUCAGAAACAACUGCAGAAGCACAUGGAUUACAUCGCUCAGAUCUGCAGCAAACACAGAGAUGUCACAGUUAUCGAUGUCUCUGAGCUGGAGAAGAAUCAUAUCUCAGAGGAUACUGUCCAGAGCUGGUGUGUUGAAGAUCAGGCUAUGGACGUUGACAUCGGUGUCCUACAGAAGGUUGAGGAGCUGGAACGCAAGGUCACCUCGGCCAGCCUGCAGGUCAAGGGCUGGAUGAAGCCAGCACUAGAGUCACAAAGUGAAGAUCUGGUGUACUACGAACACAAACCUAUCAUGAAUAACAGCAAAGCAACAGGCGAUAUGUCUGACUGCGGCAUUGCUCGCCGUGCAAACAACCCUCUGGACAUUGCAGUGUCGCGGCUGGCAGAACUGGAGAGGAACAUCGCGAGAAGGUACCUGAAAAGCCCUUUAAGCAGCACCAUUCAGAUCAGACUGGAUCAGGUGGGCACGGUCACAGUACCCGCCCCUGCGCCAUCAACUGAUAGAGCUGAUGAUGACGGGACUGAGGAGGAUCUAGCUCCAGGUUUGAAACAGUGGCGUAAAGCUGUAAGUGCGGUGCGUAAUGCGAGUCAGCUCGCUCUCUGUAUACAGCAGCUGCAGAAGUCCAUUGCCUGGGAGAAAUCCAUCAUGAAAGUGUACUGUCAGAUCUGCCGUAAAGGAGACAACGAGGAGCUUCUGCUGUUGUGUGACGGAUGUGAUAAAGGCUGCCACACCUACUGCCAUAAACCCAAGAUCAGCAGCAUACCAGAUGGAGAUUGGUUCUGUCCAGCAUGCAUAUCACAGGCGAGCAGUCAGUCCGUGAAGACCAAGAAGCUCUCCAACCGCUCAAGCGGCGAACUGAAGAAACCCGCUGAGGUCAAACGUAACAGAAAGCUAUCUAUGGCUGGAGAGAACUCUGAGAAAGAUUCAGGCAGUGCCAACAGCACGCCCAAAAAAGUGACAAAGGAAAUCAAAAAGAGAAAUGCUGAGGAGAAUCCUUCAGCAAUUGCAGCCAAGCUAGAAAGUCCUGCAUGCGUGAAGAAACCCAAAACAGCCGGAGAGGACAAUAAUGACCUGGCCAUGUGCAGACUGCUCUUGGGUGAGUUGGAACGUCAUCAGGACUCCUGGCCGUUUCUGACACCUGUCAAUCCCAAAUCUGUCCCUGGAUACCACAAGAUCAUCAAAAAGCCAAUGGACCUCUCUACUAUCAGAGACAAACUCACCAACAGCCAGUAUCUGAAUCUUGAGACAUUCAUUAUCGAUGUGAACUUGGUGUUUGAUAACUGUGAAAAAUUCAACGAGGACAAUUCAGACAUUGGACGAGCAGGACACACCAUGAGAAGGUUUUUCCAGAGGAGAUGGACCGAGAUGUUAAAGCAGAACUCCUCAAAUCUCGGUCCCGGCACAUGAGCGGUUUCUGCUUCUCAUUUCAGAUGUGCAAGACGCUUUAAAAGAACAUCUUAUGGCUUUAAGGUUUAGACAGUGACGCAAGUUAUCAAUAAACCAGCAUUAGACACCAAAAGCACCUCAAUUACUUGAUAUUUCAUACCAGGUUUGACAUGUUGAACAAUGUUUACUCGAACAAAUCAAGAACAUUUGGGAAAAUAUCCUCACACUACCUGUAAAUAUGUUUGUUGUUGUUGUUAUUUUUUUUUUUAAUAAACACUAAUAUUAUAGCAAAUGCACUAUAUUUAAUUUAUUGUUCAUUAUUUAUGAUUAAAAUGGUUUUCAUUUUCAAUGAAAACAUAAAAAAAAAAAAGACAAACUGCUUUAAAGGUCUCAAUGAAAGUGGAUUUCUUUCCUGAAUAUAAAAAGCAAAUAAAAAAGGAUUUUGUUUACAAGUUCUGAGAUCCCGGGGCAACAGAAGAUCCAUUAUGUAGUUGUGCUAUAAAGCCUGAUUUGCAUAAAAGCAUAUGUUUUGAAUACAGUGAGGCCAUCUUUACAGAUAUAAUGACUGUUAAUGUUUAAUAUUGCUUUUGAAUAUUCUAUUCUGUACUUGUGACAUCCGGCAUCCUCAACCUCAAUUCCACUUAAAUCCUACUCUGAUGCACAUGUGUUCAAGUGUUUGCUAAGGAAAGCUUUACAAGUACUAUUGCUCUUACUUGGGGUUAAAGAACAAACCCUUAACCAAUUAAACUGUGGUGCACAACUUGUCCUGGACCAUUUGUGCAACAGACAUGAAUUAUACCUCAAAUCGUGGAACUUAUUGGUUGUGCUAUUACUUUUCUAAGUGAUUGGGCUCACACAUUUUCAACCGGUGGACAAUAAAAUGGCAAAAAAAAAAAAAAACAAAA